CUUAAGUAGUGCGUAUACUUGGAUUUGGGAUUAAACCUUAGCUUUAACUUCCUUGUUAUUAUCAUAACACACGGAGGAGCAGAAAACAACCUGCUAUGUAAGUGAAACGGCGAUGUACCUUUCAAGGCUUGUCAUCCACUUAAAGGGGAGAAGGCUGGGCCACAAAGCCUAAGGCUCCAACGCCCUGUGUGUCUCCGGUUUCUACUGUAUACCCAUCUCUCAGUGUGUGAGCGGUGAUGCUGUGCUGGGGCAGUGCGGCUUGCGGUCAGCUGGGUCUCACAGUGUCCGAGGCUGCUGUGUUCGAACCGCGGAGCUGCUGCAUGUUCGAUGGCAGAGGGCUGAAAGAGGUUGCAUGCGGCGGGCAGCACUCGCUGUUCCUAAUGCAUGAUGGGAGUGUUUACACGUGUGGGUCCAACAGUCACGGACAGCUGGGUCAUGAGAAGCCUGGCGUAAAGCCUGAGCUGGUCGGCGCGCUGGAUGCCCAGAAGAUUGCAGGCGUGGCGUGUGGGCAGGCCCACUCUCUGGCCCUGAAUGAGCAAGGGCAGGUGUUUGCGUGGGGCGCAGGCGAGCGGGGGCAGCUCGGGCUCGGCACUGCAGAGGAAGCUGUCCGAGUUCCACGAUUGAUUAAGAAGUUGUGCGAGUACCGGAUCUCACAGGUGAUGUGUGGCAACCAGCACUGUAUCGCACUUUCUAAAGACGGUCAGCUGUUCACGUGGGGUCAGAACUCGAGCGGUCAGCUGGGUCUGGGGAAAGGUGAGCCGAGUUCUCUGUCUCCUCAACCGCUCAAGUCUCUGUGUGGGAUCCCACUGGCUCAGAUCAGCGCUGGAGGAGACCACAGCUUCGCCCUGUCUCUCUCCGGAGCCGUGUUUGGCUGGGGAAGGAACAGCGCUGGGCAGCUUGGGCUCAAUGAUGAGCAAGAUCGAGAGGUUCCGUGUCAUAUAAAAUUCUUGCGCUCACAGAAAGUGGUGUACAUCAGCUGCGGGGAGGAACACACGGCCGCUCUGACCAAGGAUGGAGGACUGUUUACUUUUGGAAGCGGGUCGCGAGGACAGCUGGGACACGACUCCACCAGCAACGAGACUCUGCCACGCAGGGUGUUGGAGCUCAUGGGCACCGAGGUGUCUCAAAUCGCCUGUGGAAGACACCACACGUUGGCGUUUGUUCCCUCCACCGGAUUGGUGUACGCCUUUGGCUGUAACGCUCAGGGCCAACUCGGUUUAGGGAUUAAAGGAAACGCCGCCACCCCUCUGCCGGUCCGAAACCUCCAGCUGCCUUUUCUCAACAACACACAAUCAGAUCAGUGCAGCAUCAGUAGGAUUCACUGCGGAGGCGACCACAGCUUUCUGCUGCUGUCACACGGCAAGAGCUGCCCGGAAGACUUCCGCAUUAUCAACACAUCGAAAAGCAUCUCCCUGAUUAAUAGGGAUAGUCUAAACAGUUGGAGGCUGAAGCUCCUGGACAGCACUGACUCCAGCAUCACAAAUGACAUCAUUCUGCUCUUGUCCUCGACCGCAUGUUGGAACGCCAGCUUCCUGGACCAGAGUGACGACGGACAUUUUAAAACCAACCCCAAAGUCCCUGGAAUCGACCUCAGCUCUGUCAGGCUGCUGUUUGAGAUCCUGAUGAAGCCGGCAUACUCACGCCUGCUGGAGCAGACCACGAAGAGCUUUGAGAGUUUGCUGAUCCCUCAGCUGCCAUGUUCUCCUCCUGACGUUGAGGCCAUGCGCAUUUACCUGAUCCUCUCCGAGUGUCCGGCUCUGCACGACUCCAAAAACUACAUCUCUCUCACCAUCCCGCUCGCCAUGGCCAUCCUCCGGCUGGACGCCAACCCCAGCAAAGUGCUCGAUAACUGGUGGUCACUGCUGGACGGUGAGGUCUUCUCCAGGUUGGUGGAGAUGUAUAAGAGCAUCGUGGUGUUCCUGCUUACUGGUGGCAAGGCCCUUCUUAUUCCUGUGUUUGUAGAAAGCUACAUUAGUGCUACACUGAAACUGCUAGAGAAACUACACAAGGUGAACCAGAAAGCCCAUCAUGUAGAGUACAACUGCUUCUACAUCCCCGACAUCACCAGCAUGGUGGACAUCCAGGAAGACUACCUCAAAUGGUUCCUAAGCAAAGCUGAGAUUAAAAUGCGGUCUCCUCCAGUACAGAGUUCAGUUACGUUAUGUGCCUAUCCGUUCAUAUUGAACGCUCAAGCUAAGACAACCAUGUUGCAGACAGACGCCGAGCUGCAGAUGCAGAUGGCAGUAAGCGGAGCCAACCUGCACAACGUUUUUAUGCUGUUGACCCUGGAACCCUUGCUGGCACAAAACCCGUUUCUCGUCCUGCACGUGCGGAGGGAUCACCUGGUCAGUGACGCGCUGCGUGAGCUCACCAUCUAUAAUGAUGUGGACUUAAAGAAGCCCCUAAAGGUGAUAUUUGACGGCGAGGAAGCAGUCGACGCAGGAGGAGUCACUAAAGAGUUCUUCUUGCUGCUGCUAAAAGAGCUGAUGGAUCCAGUCUAUGGCAUGUUCACCCAUUACCCAGAAUCCAACCUGCUCUGGUUCUCUGAUAAAUGUUUUGUUGAACACAACUGGUUCCACUUGAUCGGGAUCGUCUGUGGCCUGGCGAUCUACAACUCCACCGUGGUGGACCUGCACUUCCCUCUUGUGCUCUACAAGAAGCUUCUAGACGUUCCUCCUGUGCUGGAUGACCUGAAGGAGCUGUCACCUACUGAGGGCAGGAGUCUCCAGCAGCUGUUGGACUAUGAGGAGGAUGACAUAGAGGAUGCCUUCUGUCUCAACUUUGCUAUUAGCCGGGAGUAUUACGGGGUAACGGAGGUAAAGGAUCUGGUCCCUGGAGGUGAAAACAAAACCGUGGACAAGUCCAACAGAGAUGAGUUUGUGCAGGCCUAUCUGAACUACGUGUUCACCGAGUCAGUACGAGAGCUGUACUCUGCAUUCGCCAGCGGUUUUCUGAAAGUGUGCGGAGGUCGCAUCCUCUCUCUGUUCCAGCCCUCUGAGCUCAUGGCUAUGGUAGUGGGCAACAGCAGCUACAACUGGGAGGAGCUGGAGAAGAACGCGAGCUACAAAGGCGAGUUCUCGGCCUCUCACCCUACAGUGCGGAUGUUUUGGGAGGUGUUCCACGAGUUUCCCUUGGAGAAAAAGAAACAGUUCUUACUGUUCCUCACAGGCAGCGACCGGAUCCCCAUCCACGGCAUGUCCAGCCUGCGCAUCAUCAUCCAGUCCACAUCGGCGGAUGAGCACUUCCUGCCCGUCGCUCACACCUGCUACAACCUGCUGGACCUGCCGUGCUACAGGAGCAAAGAGACGCUGCACUCGAGGCUCACACGCGCCAUCGAGCAGUACGAAGGCUUCAGCCUGGUGUGAGAGCCUCUUUCUCUCUCUCUCUCUCUCUCUCUCUCUCUCUCUCUCACACUCACACACAGACACACACACACACACACACACACACACACACUUGCACUUUCACCAAGGACGGAAGACAUCUGAUCCCCCACGCAGAGCGCCUCUGAGAGUGUGAGAGUGACCGUAUACAGACUGAACUCUUCUGAGCUCUGAUGGGAAUAAAUCUUUUAUUCGUGUUUUUUUUUUUUUUUUUUCCCUUUUAAAGAGUGUUAUUAUUUGGACUGCUUUUUACUUUCCUGUUCCUUUCCGAAUACCGGGGUCAGCAUCAGGAUCGUGAUUGCGCUCGGUGGACAAAUUUGCCGUUCUGAACAGAGACAGGAAAUAUUUUUGGUCGGAGUUUUUUCCCGACUUUUUCUUUUUUUUUUUUUUUUUCUUCUGGCAUUUGUGCUUGUUUAGAAAAGAAAGAACUAAAAAAAAAAAAAAACCAGACAAGUCCUUGUCCUCUGAGCUUUUCAGACCUGCUGCUGAAGCGACGGAGAACAGAACAAGCCAUUAUCCAGACGUGAAAGUCUAUUAAUCGUCUCUGCUUCUUCGUAACUCGACCGAUGAAUUCUUGCGAGUCCGUUUCCGAUUUUGCCUUUAAGACGAGCCACUAGCGAGGAACGCCUAGGAGGAAGCUUUUCUUUCUUCUCCCUCUUCUCACUUUAGCGUGCAUGCAAGCGUGACCUCCAGAGUGAAAGCUGAGCCUGCUAAUGACUGUUUAGCGCCACAAUAAAUACAGUAUGUAUAUGGUUAAACCCAACAAUGUGUUAUUUAUGGUUAGCUGAAAAAAAGAAAGAAAGUAAGAAAGAAAGCUGAGUGUUUGAAAGCCGCGUUGACUGACGGAGCUGAUUUUGUGUUGGAGGAAGGAGCUCCAGCAAUAAAUGGCUGAUGUGUGUGAAUAGUCUUGAUUUGAAUGUCUGCCUAUGCACAACAGAGCCCAACGCUGGUCCUGUGCAUGUCCAAGUUUCCAGGGCGGAGAUUCCUGCUCCAACACUCCAGCGAUUUAGAGUCCUUUAAUGUCGUGAGCAGUCACUCAUAUUGCGUACUGGACAUUUUAGCCUAGAAGUAACACAAGGAAGAAAGGAAACGUGAUACAAUUCGUACUCUCAGGUAACGACGUGGAAGGGGCGGAGCUUCCGCAGGACGUGCGGCACGAACGGAACUAAAUAUCCGACACAAAAUCUCAACUCGAACGUAAUAGAUUUUAAAAUAAGAGGUUUAUCCAACUGCCCGGUGUCUCUGGUUCAUCAGGGGUGGAGCUUAAUCUACAUUUAAUCAGCCAAUUGCACGUACAUGACUCUUUCACUUUGCACUCCUGUUUUAUUUCUACACCUUUAAGUGAAGCUCCGCCCACUUUAGGUGCUUUUACCACAAUGACUGACAAAUCAGGAUGUUGUCCUGUCGUGAUUUGAGUGUUGGAGCAGGAUGUCCCGUGCUGGACUGGAGGUGUACCGCACCACCGCUGCUCUCUUAUAUAAACCUUUUUUUUUUUUUUUUUUUUUCUUUUUUUGCAUCUAAAUCUUAAGUUGUUUUUUUUUUUUUUUUAGCGUUGUCGUAUAUCGUAUCUGAGGAACGCGCAGGGACGCAGAAUAGGGCGAUUUAAAAGGGAUUUCUUUUCUACAGCCACAACGCUCUGACAUCUAAGUCUUGGAUCAGAAUGACUGUGUGUGACACACACACACACACACACGUAUAUACACACACACAAAAUGAAGCCGGAUAAUGAUGAUGAAGAGGCAGAAGCUACAUGAGAGGAGUUGUAGACACUCUGGGGCUGUGUUCAGUGUGUCCUCAGUGUUCAUUCAUCCACACUGAACCAAACGACACCAAGCGUUUCUGUCCCAUACCUUACUGUCAACUUCAGCAAACAAGGGCUUCUUAGUGGCUGCUGCUGCUGCAUUCUUUUAGUAAAGUAUAUUUACUUUUAUAUCUCUCUCUCAAAUGGAAUAUAUUGUUUUAUCUAUUUUUGUUUUCCUUUCAGAGCAUUUAAAUUAAAAUGAGAAUUCCACCUCCCAA